UGAUGAUGAAGAAGAAGAAGAAGAGCAGCAACAAAAGAACAAAAAACAAGAACCUACGGCAUCACCAAGUCAACAGAAGGCAAAAGCUAAAGAAGAAGAAGAAGAAGAGGAGGAAGAAGAAGACGAUGAAGAAGAAGAUGAUGAAGAUGAAGAAGGCAGUGAAGAGGAAGAACCUGAAAAGAAACCUCACCCAAAAGAGAAGGAGAAGGUUGUCAGUGAGAAAGGCAAACCUGAUGCUAAAGUAGAAGAGGAUGAAGAGGAGGAGGAGAGUGUUGAGGAUGAAGAGGAGAGUGUUGAGGAGGAAGAAAGUGAAGAAGAAGAUGUUGAGGAAGAGGAGGAGGAGGAUGAGACUGCCAGUGGAGAAGAGGGAGAGGAGGAUGUUCAAGGUGUAAGCCAGCAGUUGAACCAGUUUAUAGCAACCGCACCAUUUAUGAAAGAACAGGAUGGUGAUCUUGGCUUUGUUAAAGGAGACAUUCUGAAUAUUAUAGAAAUGAAAGGUGAUUGGUGGAUAGGUGAAAAUGACAAAGGUGAACGAGGAAAUGUUCCAGCUAAUCUUCUACAGAAAUACAACAAGUACAUAACAAUUCAAAAGGAUGAUGCGGAGGAAGAAGAAGAAGAGGAGGAGGAGGAGGCAGGAGAUGGAGACACUUACCCUAGAAAGAAAAGACAUGGAAAAGCAUUGUGGGGUAGUAUUAAGAAGGCUGUAACUGAGACAACUGUGUCAGAUGUUCUACAUGCUAUGGGAGCUGUUCCAUCUGGUUUCCGGAUGUCUACUUUAUCCAAGUAUUUUAAUGAAAGUGACACCUACCGUAUGAUCAACUACCUGAAUCCUAAACUGAGUGUUUCAAAUCUCAUGUAUAAAGAUCUGUUUUUUGAUCCUCUAACGAGCAAGAUUCGUCCAAGGAAAGUUAAAAUUGAACGGAUUGUUACACUGGUAUCUUGUCAACAAAUUCCACACCCUGGAUCAGGUAUUAAACUGCUUAGCCGACAUGUUCGUAUUUGUUUGUUUGAUGGACAAAAUAUUUUAAGCAAUAUCCACACUGUGAAGGUUUCUGACAAGAAUUUGGAAGAAAGGACCUGGCUGUUUUCUACCAGAAUUUUUGAAAGAAUGAAUAUCAGUGAGCAUGGAGAAACCUUCAUUCGAACAAACAGCAUUGUUGAUAACAUCGGAAUCCUCUUUGAGCUUGGCAUUUCCUACAUCAGAGAAGAAAGACCCGAUGUUACACAUACUUUCCAUUUUAAGCGUAUGAAAAUCAAUGACAGAAAAACAAGUACUGAACAGAAGGAUGAAUUCAGCUGUGGCUGGGUGCAUCUUCCUCUUCUUGAUCAAGAUGGAACCUUUGUUGCCAAUAGGACUUUUAAUUUGUAUGUAAAUGGUGGAACACCAUAUGAAAAGGGUGUUGAAGUGGAUCCAAGUAUCAGCAGAAGAACAAGCACAAAUGCUUUUGUGUCUCUAAUAUCUGGAAACAAACAGCCUCGACUGGUUGUGCGAAUUUCAUUACCAAAAACAGAGCAGAAAGCACAGCUUGACUCUCUACCAGACAUACUGGUGGGCAACGUGGCCCUGCUGCCAUUUUACAGCUACUUCAGGCAGAUCAUGGCCGAUGUGCUGCUCAGAGACCGAAUUGAUCUCGAUUCCACAGAACUGGUUCAUAGUCCGCUUUUGGCAAACUUUCCCAACGUUGCGGAUCAGCCAGACUUGAUGAAAGUGUUACGAGAUGCAUGGAUUGAGCGGUUGAAAACUGUUGAAAGAUCUCAAAAGCCUUCAUUUUUUUCCUCCUACAGUCGAUUGAGGGAUGAAGAGUUUAUGAAGAAUCUGUUUAAGCAAGUCUUCAUGGAGAGUGUGUAUCCAGUGGUCCACACCGUCUUACUGCCUAAAUACAAGACUGGAGAUACAGACACAGAACAGAAACGACAUGAGCAGAUUUGUCACUUCGACCAAAUCAAACGUGAUCGAAAGAGUGCCUUGGCAGCUCUUCUUUCAUCAGAAAUGGUCUUCACACCAUUCAACAUCAAGGAAGUUUCUUUCAAUGUUGUGGGGGCUCACUGUAUGCUCAAACACACACAUACAGCAUCAGUUGAGGGCUAACAGAAGAUCACCAUCCAACCAACCAUCCAACCAUCCAACCAUCCAACCGUCCACAUGUCACUUGGAUUACACAUUGUGUGUGUUCAGAAGAGGUGUAUGACAUGACUCAUCACUCUUCAUUUCUCAUUACCACUUAUUUAUUUAUUUAUGCAUUUAUUAAUGCAGGAAACUAUUAUCGACUGUUUUAUUUUCUACAGUAACUAUUUGUUAAAUUAGGAACAGCUGUUGUCUCUAGCAGACAGACUGAUCUCAGGUUCAAAGAUGGACAUUAGCUAUUAUUAUUAAUUUCUUUAUAGGUCAACACUCAAAGUUCCUCUAACUUUAAAUAGAGCAUUAGUUACUGCCAUGCCUGUCAUUGAUGACUUGUCGUAACAUGUUGUUUCAACUGACCAGUACUUUAUGUAAUUUGAUUUCUGAACUUGUAUGAGCGUACCAGGUACAGUUGUGCUUGCAAUGUGUACAAGGCAUCCUGUUAUUCAACCAUAUCAUAAUUAUGCACUUGAUGUACCUUUUUCAGCCAUUUAUUGCUGCUACAAUAUUAACCCUUUCUAGACCAGAUUGGACGCAUAUACUUAGUCAAAUGGAUAAUAUAGUCAAGAAAUUUAGGGGUGAAAGAGUGUGAAAAACCACUACAAUAUCCCCACUCAAUACUAACUGGUGAAAAACUGUCAUUUUGUUGAAGAUUUAGUAACCACUGGCUUAUAUAUAUAUGUACAGAUUAGAUACACUUAUUUUUUUAUUAUUAUUUUUAUUUUUAUAAUAGUCUGAUAGUAUGUUCAUGAUGAGCCAUUAGUAGCUUCAUCAUUAGUCUACAGGGCCAUUUCAGAGCCUCUGAAUGGUGGCUAGUCAGUGAUGACUACUGAAAUUCUGUUGCUUAUUAACUGACAAUGGUGCAACAGUGAAUUCUGACUGGCCAUUCGGUCCAACAUCAGUGGUGGGCUAACAUCUCUGUUUAUGGAAAGAAUAUUUCUUUUUUAUAAUUGUUGAAAGUGAAAUCCAGUAAAACUUACUGAAAUACUCAGAAAGAAGGUACGCAGGCUUUUAAAGACCUACCCAUGCAUACACAUCUACCUUCCUGGGUGCAAACUGUGUAUGGUCUCUUGAUCUGGCUUUGGCAGAUUUGUGAUUUUAAAAUAGAACAUAAGCGGAAAUUGAGUUGAGUGAUUAAAGUGAGAGAUAUUUCAUCAGUUUAUUGUAAGCAUAGCAUUUGAGUGAUCUACUGUAUGACAAGGGACAUUUUAGUUAUGCACAAUAUUGUGCUUCAGUUUGUACAAAUGCAAACUGUUAAUUUUAUCAUAAUCUAUCUUGCAAACUAGAUAACGGAUAUAUACAUUUAUUAAAUAUAUAUUUAUUUUU